AUGGCACUCUUAUUGACACCUCCUGCAUUCAAUAGCAUGCCUCUCAUCAACACACCUCCUGCACUCAAUAGUGCGCCUCUCAUCAACACACCUCCUGCAUUCAAUAGCGCGCCUCUCAUCAACACACCUCCUAAACUCAAUAGCAUGCCUCUCAUCAACACACCUCCUGCAUUCAAUAGCGCGCCUCUCAUCAACACACCUCCUAAACUCAAUAGCAUGACUCUCAUCAAUACACCUCCUGCACUCAAUAGUGCGCCUCUCAUCAACACACCUCCUGCAUUCAAUAGCGCACCUCUCAUCAACCCACCUCUUGCAUUCAAUAGUGCACCUCUCAUUGACACACCUGUCAUACAAGAACCCACUAUAUCAUUUGAUGUUCCCUUUUACCCUUUGGUAUCAUUGUCCUCCAGUAGUGCAGGUUUUAUUGACUCCCCAUUCACUAAAUUUGAUUAUGAAGUCAGCUGUUGCAAACUUGAAUAA